AUGUCCAACGAUUUGACGAACCCAGCUGCGAAGCCAGUGCCAAGUGGUCACCGAUGGAUUCUUUUCGUCUCGGGUCCCACGGCUUCUGGCAAGACUUCAGUUGCAAAGUAUCUGGCCGAUGAGCUGGAUCUCAAAUUUGUAGAGGGAGAUGAUUUCCACCCCAAAUCAAAUGUCGACAAAAUGAGCCGCGGUGAAGGCCUCACCGACGCAGACCGGAAAGGUUGGUUGGAGGCGCUUCACGAGCACGCAUUGCAUCACCCCAAAGGCCCAGGCACCGAACAUCUCGUCGUCACAUGUUCCGCACUGAAGCGCCAAUACCGAGAUCUUCUUCGCGAAGGAUCCGAAAAGGCGGGUGAUCUGCGCGUGCACUUUUUGCAUCUUGACGCGCCGGAGGAAGUCCUUACGAAGAGAGCUGCGGCGAGGAAGGGUCAUUUUGCCGGACCGGCGUUGGUGCAUAGUCAAUUUGAGGCAUUGGAACGGCCAGGGAGCGAUGAGACUGAUGUCAUAACUGUUAGUGUUGAUCAGACGGUCGAGGAAGUGCAGAAAGAGGCGUUGGAGAGGGUUGCGGGAUUGUUAGAUGAGGAUCCUGAGUGA